GGAGGGGGGGGGGGGGGAGGAGGAGCUGAGAACGGUGAUGGAGUUGGAUAGCAUCGAGUGCGUCUCCUCCUCCGAUGGGAUCGACGACGACGAUGCUUCCGCGCACCUCGCCCACUCCUUCGUGAAGCAAGGGGUUAGCGCCGCCGCAGUAGGGGGCGGCGGUGGAGGCAGCGGGAAUGGUGGGGGAGGCGCCGGCCCGGCGAUCCACCCGGCGAACAGCGUCCACGAGCUCCUCGAGUGCCCCGUUUGCACCAACUCCAUGUACCCUCCCAUCCACCAGUGCCAAAAUGGGCAUACUCUAUGUUCCACCUGCAAGUCGAGGGUGAAUAACCGGUGCCCCACUUGUCGACAAGAGCUUGGAGACAUCCGGUGUUUAGCGUUGGAAAAGGUGGCUGAAUCGCUUGAGCUCCCUUGCAAAUACUACACCCUCGGUUGCCCUGAGAUCUUCCCAUAUUACAGCAAGCUCAAGCAUGAAGCCCAAUGUAGUUUCAGGCCCUACAACUGCCCUUACGCAGGAUCUGAAUGUUCUGCUGUUGGGGACAUUCCUGUCCUUGUUACUCACUUAAGGGAUGACCACAAGGUCGACAUGCAUACAGGGUGCACGUUUAACCAUCGGUACGUGAAGUCCAACCCCCGAGAGGUUGAAAAUGCAACUUGGAUGCUGACUGUUUUCCACUGCUUCGGGCAGUACUUCUGCCUGCACUUUGAGGCCUUUCAGCUAGGGAUGGCACCAGUCUACAUGGCGUUCCUCCGCUUCAUGGGCGAUGAGGCGGAGGCGAGGAACUACAGCUACAGUCUCGAGGUCGGUGCCAACGGCCGCAAGAUGAUAUGGGAAGGGACCCCCCGCAGCAUCCGCGAUAGCCACCGCAAGGUCCGUGACAGCCACGACGGCCUCAUAAUACAGCGGAACAUGGCCCUCUUCUUCUCAGGCGGCGACCGCAAGGAGCUGAAGCUCCGGGUGACGGGGCGGAUCUGGAAGGAGCAGCCGAACCCGGACAACGGAGUCUGCAUACCCAAUCUCUGUAGCUGAAGCACAUGAAGUUAAAAACUUUGGAAUCUGGGUUUGUUUGGGUUGGGUCUCUGUCAUUGUUUAUGCCAAACCAUCCGAUGCUGAUGCUAUUGUAACAUUCUAAAUUAUUCUUACAUCUUGUGAAUUUGGGAUUCGAGCUCAUAUUAAAUUAACUAAUAUAUACUCUCUCUC